AUGGAACCUGACAAAUCCAUCUGCAAAGGACGACCGAAAAAGCAAACCAUUGGCAUCCAGGUUUGUCGGGCAUACGAGCAGUCUGACACAUCGAUGCGGUCUGUCUGUCAGCGGCGCAAAUGUUGUAUCCCAUCACUGAUCUUCACUAUCACAUCAGGGCCCAAACUCUUUUCGAACUUUUCAAGUCUCGGAGCCAGAGACAUUGAUGCUUCCACAGCACCACGCUCCGUCCUCCGACUCCGUCCUCCGACUCCGUCCUCCGACUCCGUCCUCCGACUCCGAACAGUCAGGGCAGUCCUGAGUCAUCCGCCGAACGCCUAG